GAUAGAGACAUGAUGCCUGAUGUCUCUGCUUAUUUAUUUUAUUAAAUUAGUGUAAACUAACCCUAGAGAAACAUUAUUUUCCUUUUUGACUAUAAUUAUUUUCCUUUUUGACUAUAAUACUUUUGGCAGGUACUACUUAGUAACUAUGGACGAUCUACUACCAUUCGGACUGAACUAGGGAUGGGGAUUCUCGGUGGAGAUUUACACGUUUCCUUAAAUUUAACCAUAACCAUAAUUAAUAAUAAUAAUGAUCUCAUCAGCAUCAAUUCUGCAAUCGAUAGCCGAGGCGGCGGUAGGAAAAUAAAUGGGUAACAAUGGUUCAGAGGAAGACUUUUCACUGUUCGUUGUAGCUUCCGAUAUUACAGUGGAUGCCCAUGCCUUUGGCAUCGGAAACAAUGAGAAUAAAGAUGAAGAAGAAGAAUGGCAUGAUUGUGAUGCUUCCCUCACGUCUCUUAUGCCAGAUGGUGAUGAGGAUUUCUCGGACCUGGACCAGCUCCAGAUUUUGGAGCUUCAAGGCAAGGACAAGGCUGGUAGAAAGAUUUUGACAAUUGUGGGCAAAUUCUUCCCAGCUCCUGUUAUUAGUGGAGAAAGGCUGAAAAGAUAUGUAUACCAGAAGAUCUUUAACUCAGUAUCUGAAGGACCUUUCUGCAUUUUAUACAUACACACUUCUGUCCGGAGAGAAGAAAACUCUCCUGGCGUGUCCAUGUUGAGAUGGAUCUAUGAAGAGCUUCCUAGUGAUUACAAAGAAAGGCUUCAAGUGGUUUAUUUCCUUCACCCUGGAAUUCGGUCACGAAUGCUUCUGGCAACUCUUGGCCGCUAUUUCUUGAGUGGAGGUUUGUACUGGAAAUUGAAGUAUGUCAAUCGUCUAGAAUUUCUAUGGGAUGAUAUCAAGAAGAAAGAAAUUAAAAUUCCAGAAUUUGUAGUUGAGCAUGACGCUAUGCUUGAGAAUAGGCCAUUGAUGGACUAUGGGAUUGAAACAGAUCCUUACCAUCUAUAUGAUAUGCCACAUGCGGGAUCUGAAUAUCCAAGAGCUUCAAUGAGAUGGGCUUGAAUAACCUGUGGAGAUACAGCCUAUGGCAUAAAGUUGAAUGUUCUCUUGAUCGUUUCUCGGAAACUAUUUUGGUUGCUUCUCAUUAAUGCCUGAACUACAUAGGGAGUGAAGUCUGAUGAUACCAAAAAGUUUAAAAUACAGCCACAUUCCCUUGUAAAGGAUUGAAAAUUUGUUCUUUAAACUUGCUCAUACAUUAGGUUUGAAAGAAAAACGUCCAUUGUAUAGUUUGGAUGUAUUUUAAGUUUGAAUUGCAUGCAUUGUAAAACAUAGCUAGUCAGUAGUUUGCAUGGUAUUUUAAUUGUUUAUAAUACAAAGAAGUUGGGGCUUUGCA